AUGUCGACGACAAACUUUUCUGCUAUCGCCGACCAGGUCAAACUAGACAUCUUAUCGAAGACUCAUGCGUUAGAGAAUGCAGCUAAAAGGAAGGAAAUCGCUAGGAAUUUUGUCUCCGAUACGAUAACAGUGCCUACGGAAGAGAUGUACGCCUACGCUACGCUCGCGACGCUGGGCGACGACGUGUACUUCGAACCAUCGACUGCGGCACUCGAGUCCCAUGUCGCGCAGUUGACUGGAAAAGAAGCGGGUCUUUUCGUCCCUUCCGGAACAGCUUCGAACCAGAUAGCUCUCAGGACCCACUUGAAGCAACCUCCUUAUUCGGUCUUGUGUGACCACCGGUCUCAUAUCCACAAAUAUGAGGCGGGUGGUGCAGCUUUCCACUCUGGCGCAGCUGUUAUAGCCGUUGUUCCCUCGAACAAUCACCAUCUCACCCUCCAGGACGUCAAAGACAACGUCAUCCUCACAGGCAACAUCCACUUCGCGCCUACCGAAGUGGUUGCCCUCGAGAACACACUCAACGGAACAAUCAUCCCGCAGGAUGAAAUUGUCGCCAUUUCAGAGUAUGCCCACUCUGUGGGUCUCAAGACGCAUCUCGACGGCGCAAGGAUCUGGCACGUCGCGGCAGAAACAUCCACCCCUCUCAAGGAGUUGUGCGACCCGUUCGACUCGGUCAGCUUGUGCUUCAGCAAAGGCUUAGGUGCACCUGUCGGAUCUUGUCUCGUCGGCACGAAGGAGUUCAUUGCGAAGGCACGGUGGUUCCGAAAGCUAUUUGGUGGAGGCAUGCGUCAGACGGGCAUCCUUGCCGCAAGUGCGGCAUAUGCACUCUCGCAUAACUUCCCGCAGCUUCCUCGUGUGCAUGCCCUAACGAAACGAUUGGAAGCUGGUCUAGAGGAGAUUGGGGCGAAGAUUCUGAGCAGGGCAGAGACCUGCAUGGUAAGACUCUUUCGACUUGCUCUUUGCGAUGCCAGUCUGAACGCGAGACAGAUAUUCUAUGACCCCUCUACGAUCGGUGUCACUUACGACGAAAUCGCAGAACGAGGCGAGGCGCUGCCUGAAUCUCUUGUUCUUGGAGGCUCGCGGCUUGUAGUCCACAUUCAAACGUCUGACGCGGCUGUUGAUGACUUUCUCGCUACCGUUCGCCAACUUGCUAAGGAAAAGAAAGCUGCUGGAUUUGUGAAGCCGGAGGGACAGGUCAACGGCGCAGUGAAGGAUGUAUACGUCAGACGGGGUAAAAAGCUUGCUCAGUGA